AUGGAAGGACGCGCCGGUUCGAGUUCCGCAAGACCUGAUGAAUGGGGUCCGGCCGUGGCCAGCGGCGACGCGACCAAGCUAGCCGAGCUGGUGCUGCUUUGGUCCGGUUUGAAGCCCGAGCGGGCUCUGUCGGUUAUUAGAGACUGUGUCUCUGUGCUGGAAAAAGAGGUUGCGCUUUCGACUCCGGGUUCUUCUCCCCUCCGUGCGACCCCGACUACGCUUGGUGGGUCCGUUGUUUUCGUGUGA